GGUAGGCAUAAAGGGCAGGAGCUGACGGUUCCUCUCACUGUCGCCAUCAUCUUCUUGGAUAUCGGAGAAGGAGAAACUGGAGUUGGAAUCUAAUAAUUACAAGCUCUAAGGAAACUCUCCUCCAGUCUUCUCUCAAAUUGGAAGCCGCUGAUCAUCCUCUCCUUCUCCCAGUACAUUGUCCACAAUGGCGACAACUGCCGUGCCCACUGGCUGCGACCCUCUUAGCACAGUCUGCUCAGGCUCAAACUGCCUUGUUCCCGUCAGUGACUUUAAUGCAGUACUGGGCCUGGUGUUGAGCACAGUGCUCACCGUCAUGCUCGCUAUGGUCAUGUUCUCCAUGGGUUGCACGGUGGAUGCCAGUAAGCUGUGGGGCCACAUCAAGAAGCCCUGGGGCAUCAUCAUCGGCUUCCUCUGCCAGUUUGGCAUCAUGCCUUUCACGGCCUUCGCCUUGUCACUGGCCUUCAAUGUGCUGCCUGUGCAGGCCGUCGUCAUCAUCAUUAUGGGCUGCUGUCCCGGAGGAUCCGGCUCUAACAUUAUCUGCUACUGGCUGGACGGAGACAUGGACCUGAGUAUCAGUAUGACAGCCUGUUCCUCUAUCUUGGCCUUGGGGAUGAUGCCUCUCUGUCUGCUCAUUUACACCUCCGUCUGGACUUCCUCCAACACCAUCCAGAUCCCAUAUGACAGUAUCGGUAUCACUCUAGUGUCUCUUCUUAUCCCAAUCGUUCUGGGAAUGUAUGUCAAACGCAAGUGGCCCAACGUGGCGAAAAAGAUCCUCAAGGUUGGUUCCUUUGCAGGCUUUGCUCUCAUUAUCAUCAUAGCUGUGGUUGGUGGCAUUCUCUACCAGUCCUCCUGGAACAUUGCUCCCUCCCUGUGGAUCAUUGGAACCGUCUACCCCUUUAUUGGUUUCGGCCUGGGGUUUUUCAUGGCCCGCUUUGCAGGUCAACCCUGGAACAGGUGUCGAACCAUCGCAUUGGAGACUGGUUUCCAGAACUCCCAGCUGUGCAGCACCAUCGUCCAGCUCUCCUUCAGCCCUGCUGAGCUGGAGGUCAUGUUCGCAUUCCCUCUCAUCUACAGCAUCUUCCAGCUAGUGGUGGCAGUCAUAUCUGUCGGAGGCUACCAGAUAUAUAAAAAGUCAUGCAGCCGUGGUUCAGCUGACGGCGACAGCGAGGUUCCGUCUCUGGAAGCUGGCGACGGCGAACCAGCAAAAGAGAAGCAGUACGUUAUAGACAACAGCGCCUUUGAGUUUGAUGAGGUCGUCGGCAGCGCAGAGAAAGAUAAGAACAUUAACAAGAACACCCAGCUGUGAGAACAGACUUUGAACCACUGGAUGAUGAACAGCCAAACUCAACUGUGAACACACACUGCACUCUGCAGGCCGGAGGUGUGCACCCAAACUGUGGCCAAAAAUCUACUCGAAGGCGGGGGGGUGGGGCAGUGACUUACACGCUGCAUUGCAUUACUGUAUGUUGAACUGUGUUGUAUUAGCAGUAAGAUAUGAGGCCCUCCUUUCAUUAAUUUAUUCAUACAUAAUUAUUUAAAACCACUUUACGCUGUAUGUCCUGUCAGAAAUCCUGUUGUUCCCAUGUUCCUUGAUCAACACAUUUACUCAUGUCCUCUUUACAUGUCUACAUGAUUCUAACUGAGUAUUUACUGCUGUUUAUGUGGAUUAAUCAUACGUCCACAUACAGAUAUUUAACGAGGGAACAGUUCCAGUUCACAGUUUAUCCGAUAAGACACAGAGUUGUGUGCACAUCAGAGAGCCAAUGUUGUCAAAUCCACUGAGUAUAAUGCUUUUAUGUUCAAAUAGGUAUUUUUUUAAAUCCUUAUUCUCUAUACUGAUGUAGCAGAUGAAAUCAGUGGUUAUUACAGACCAGCUUUGGCUCUUGGGUGAUCUUCUGUUUGGUGUUCUCUGCUGUUUCGGGUUCCUUUCAGUUCUUCUAUACCUCAUUUUUACAAGUGGAUAAAUAGAAUAAAGGGUCCUUUUAAAAAAAAGAGGACGGGGCGUCACGUUUUGAGACUCGUAAGACGCUCAGUUAUUCUGAGCACAGCUGAUUAACAUUAGCAUUUUUAAAUAUGUAAGCUAGUGGUUUGGCCUAUCUGUCCGAACGGAAGAAACGGGGAUAUACAGGAAUAAUCCCAGUAUAUUUAUGAUACAUAUUCACACACAAACUAAUUUAUUAGUGGUCUGUAUUGUGCAAAUGCAACAAACACAGAAUGCAAAGGCAUAUUUCAUAAUGAGUGAUUGCUUUUUGUUUUUCAUGGAUGUACAGAAACAAAAUAUUUUACAAAACUGCCUUCCUAUUUAGCUCGAGGUUUUAUAAAUGUGCUUUCUGAAAUAAUGUAUUUUCUCAAAAAACCUGUACAUUUUUGUUUAUUAUGUUGAAAUAAUAGAUGUUUUGAUAAGAAUAUGAGCAUUCAUCUCAAUAAACAUAUUAUUUGUAAACUGUC